GGGGUGAGGGAGGAGGAGGAGGAGGAGGAAGAGGAGGAGGAGGGCGGCGGAUGGAUCUACGCAUCAAAGUGAGCGAGUAGAGCAAACUUUGGCUCGAGAGGAGGCAGCAGCAGCAGCGGAACGCCAACCCCGCGCGGAAAACAAAACCAAACUUUCCUCCUUCUCCCCUCGCCCCCCAGCCCCGCUUUCUGCUUGCCGCUUGAGUCCAGGACCGGCCCGCCCCGGGGGUCUCAGACCUCCCCUAGCCCCCAGCCCCAGCCCCCCGGGGUCGGGGGGCGCCUGCAGAAGAGACCCGCACCCUCCCCGGAGCCGAGAAGUCGGGGCCAAAGUUGGGGCGGUUUCCCCCCCCCCCGUGCCCCCCGGGGAGCCCCUCGAGCCCCUCCGGGGGACCCCCGGCCCCCCGCGAUGUCGUCCAUCCUGCCAUUCACCCCCCCGAUCGUCAAGCGCCUGCUGGGCUGGAAGAAAGGCGAGCAGAACGGCCAGGAGGAGAAGUGGUGCGAGAAGGCGGUCAAGAGCCUGGUGAAGAAGCUCAAGAAGACCGGACAGCUGGACGAGCUGGAGAAGGCCAUCACCACCCAGAACAUCAACACCAAGUGCAUUACCAUCCCCAGAUCCUUAGAUGGCCGGCUGCAGGUGUCUCACCGGAAAGGUCUCCCUCAUGUGAUCUAUUGCCGUUUGUGGCGAUGGCCUGACCUUCACAGCCACCAUGAGCUGCGGGCCAUGGAAUUGUGCGAGUACGCCUUUAACAUGAAGAAGGAUGAAGUGUGUGUGAAUCCAUAUCAUUACCAGAGAGUGGAGACACCAGUUCUACCUCCCGUGUUGGUGCCCAGGCACACAGAGAUCCCGGCCGAGUUCCCGCCGUUAGACGACUACAGCCAUUCCAUCCCGGAGAACACUAAUUUCCCCGCAGGGAUUGAGCCCCAAGGCAAUUACAUUCCAGAAACCCCACCCCCUGGCUACCUGAGUGAGGAUGGAGAGACCAGUGACCAUCAGAUGAAUCACAGCAUGGAUGCAGGUUCUCCCAAUUUAUCGCCAAAUCCUAUGUCCCCAGCACACAACAACCUGGACCUGCAGCCGGUGACCUACUGCGAGCCCGCGUUCUGGUGCUCCAUCUCCUACUACGAGCUGAACCAGCGGGUUGGGGAGACCUUCCACGCCUCCCAGCCCUCCAUGACGGUGGACGGCUUCACCGACCCGUCCAACUCGGAGCGCUUCUGCCUGGGCCUGCUGUCCAACGUGAACCGGAACGCCGCCGUGGAACUCACCCGGCGGCACAUCGGGAGAGGAGUGCGGUUGUACUACAUCGGCGGGGAAGUGUUCGCCGAGUGCCUCAGCGACAGUGCCAUCUUUGUCCAGUCUCCCAAUUGUAACCAGCGCUACGGCUGGCACCCGGCAACCGUCUGCAAGAUACCCCCAGGAUGCAACCUGAAGAUCUUCAACAACCAGGAGUUUGCGGCCUUGCUGGCUCAGUCGGUCAACCAGGGGUUCGAGGCGGUGUACCAGCUGACGCGCAUGUGCACCAUCCGGAUGAGCUUCGUCAAGGGCUGGGGAGCUGAAUACAGCCCCCCGGAGGCCAGAGGGCAUGCUUUUGGGAAAGUCGGCACACUCUCCGAGGGCCCUCGUCCUUGCCGCGAAAUCGCCAACGUCCCCAGAGGUCUCCCCGGAAAGGAUUCAUCUGGAAGCCCGGAGCCCUUCCCGGCCGGAUGGACCGGUCCGCUCCCGCGGCCAAGGGAGGAACGGGACGCGGGGCGGCAGACUGUGACCAGCACCCCCUGCUGGAUAGAGCUGCAUCUCAACGGGCCCCUGCAGUGGCUGGACAAGGUCCUGACCCAGAUGGGGUCCCCCAGCAUCCGCUGCUCCAGCGUGUCCUAGAGAGGGGCCUUCUGGAAAAGAAAAUGGCACCUGAACCCUCAGGCGUCUAAGAAGAAACUUUUCUUCUCCCUUCUCCCGGCCGCACCCCCCCUCCCCGCCCCGACCCUCUGACCCAAAGUGGUCUCACACACUUUCUAAAACGACGACGGCGACGACGCAGGGCCUUCCCUCGGAGGCUGUUUUUGGAAGACCGUCCACGUCGGCCACUCCCGCGAGGACGAGGUUAGCGCCGUGGGCCCCGGCCCGUGGGACCGUGCGGAGCCGAGGCCGAGCCUCCGUUCUCCGUUCCCCCCCACCCGGUGAAAACGGUUUUUCUGGCGGCCGGAGGCCGAAGAGGGAUCGAUCGUUUUGGCGUCUUUUCUCCCCCCCGCCCAUUUUUGGAUUUUCUCUUCCCCGUCCUCCUGUCCUUCGGGUCCCUUCUGCUCCCGGGGACCUGAGCGUCGGAUAGAGAGAUCCCCGGCGGCCCCGGGACGGGGUUUCUCCGGGUGUUUCCGGGCAUUUGGCGAGAAAGGGGCCACCGGUCCCGGAGCUCCAGGUCGACCUCCGUGACCUCCACGGUCGGGGAGGGAAGAGUGGAUUGGUUUGAGCGACCCCAAGACCCGUCCCUCUGGCAUCUUCCGGUGGGGAGAGAGAGACCGCGGCGUGGGUCUCCGCGGAGGAGGAGCCGGGGGCAGGAGAAUCGGGAGGAACGGUAAAAUGCACGUGCGGGGAGGAAGAGGACGAGAGCGGGAGACUCUCUCGGUCUACGUGAUUCUCUCUAUCUCCGCGUCGUACUUUCUCCAGCUGAGGAGCUCAGUCCAGGCCCUGUGCAUAUGCAAUGUAUAGUUCAUAUUAUCACGUUAAUCUCAAAGAGAUUUGAAUGACAUUAGCUAUUUUACGAGAAGCGGAGGCAAACGCCAUUGGCUUUUAACGUUGCAAUAGUUGUAUUGGCUAGAACGGCACUACAGAGUGGGCUUUCCUCCCCUUCCCCUACCUCCCCCCGCCCUUCCCUCCCACCCUCGUCUUUUGUAAGCGCCUGCUCUAUAUCUCGAUAUGUUUGGCUGGCUUCGUCUAGGUAGUCAGUUGAAGUAAUUAAAUUAACUUUGUAUGGUAUCCUCUUUUUAAAUCUGUUUUAUUGUACGUUUUUAACUUUUCCUGGGGUUGGUGCGUCCUCGGGAUGGGGCGGUGGCUGCAGACAUCCCAAUGGGGACGUUCCAGGGGGCAGGGGGAAGGAACGGAUCUUCCGGCUCGGCUCCCGUUUACCAGUCGGCUGUCCCGGUGGCCAACUUCUCGUGGGAAACAAACUUCUCAGAUGGACGGUUGGAUGAGUCGUGCGGCGAAGGAGUGUCGCACGCUAGUAAACGGCAGGCUUGGGUGGGGAUGGUCAGCGGUUGCUAGAUCAGAUCUGUGGAUAAUCAGUGGCUAGAUUGGGGGCGACAGUGUGGUGACUAGCUGAAGAAACUUUCGUAAAUAAACUUUUUUUUCAACUGGAAA